AGUGCACCUAUACCAAAGGUUAUAUGAAGAGGCAGACGAUUUUCUCGUGCUUGACCUGCACUCCUGAUGGGAAUGCCGGGGUUUGCACAACAUGUAGCUUGUGUUGCCAUGAUGGCCAUGAGAUUGUGGAAUUGUGGACCAAGAGAAACUUUAGGUGUGAUUGUGGAAACUCAAAGUUUGGGGAGUUCUUUUGCAAGCUUUUCCCAAACAAAGAUAUCGAAAAUGUGGAGAAUUCAUAUAAUCAUAACUUCAAAGGUUCAUAUUGCACCUGCGGUCGCCCCUAUCCUGAUCCAGAAGCCGAGGAACAGGUAGAGAUGAUUCAGUGCUGUAUUUGUGAGGACUGGUUUCAUGAGGAACAUAUUGGGCUUGAAUCUUCUGAUGAGGUUGGUAGUAUAUCUCUUUCACAUGUCUUUCAAUCCUUUUCUAUAAGGCUGCCUUCUAGUUUAAUUUUGUUUAUAUCUUAUAUCUGUACAAGUCAUUCCAAUGAUUACAUGCCCAGCGGUAAAAGGUGUGGAGUUUUAUAGGGGAGAAUUAUCCAU